AUGCCAAACUUCUCCGGGAACUGGAAGAUGAAGAGCUCGGAAAACUUCGAGGAGCUACUGAAGGCGCUGGGCGUGAACAUGAUGCUGCGGAAGAUCGCGGUGGCGGCGGCAGCGAAGCCGGCGGUGGAGAUCCGGCAGGACGGGGAGAGUUUCUACAUCCGCACCUCGACCCCCGUGCGCACCACCGAGAUCCGCUUCAGGGUGGGCGAGGAGUUCGAGGAGCAGACGGUGGACGGGCGGCCCUGCAAGAGCCUGGCCAGGUGGGAGAGCGAGAACAAGAUGGUGUGUGAGCAGCGGCUGCUCAAGGGCGACGGGCCCAAGACGGGCUGGUCCCGGGAGAUGACCAACGACGGGGAGCUCAUCCUGACCAUGACGGCCGACGACGUUGUGUGCACCAGGGUCUACGUCCGGGAGUGA